UGAUCAGUAUACGUGAAACAACAACGGUGGUGUUGUCAAAUUCAAACAAACGAGCAAAUUUGAAAAUGUGAAUGCAUAAAUUGUGAUUUAAAAGAAUUUAUAUAGAAAAUAUAUUCAAAAAUCAUUUAAAAAUUAAAUACUUUCCUAUUGAAAAAAAUAAAAUGAUUUUAUUGAAGCUACUAAACGGUAUUGCUGGCGCAUUAACUAACAAUCUAACAGAGAUCCUAGCCACAUUGGCCUUCAUCUGCGCCACAGUUUACAUUUGGCUGCAAUAUCAAUAUUCUUAUUGGCGGCGUCAACGGUUGCCUUAUAUCGAACCGGCGCUGAUCUUUGGUAAUCUCAAGGGGAUUAUCAAAUCCGAAUGCGAUCCUUGUGGUUGGUUUCAGUAUUUAUAUAAUCAUGAGAAGGCUAAGGAACAUCCUGCGGUCGGUAUAUAUAUAUUCAAUAAACCAUCGCUACUCAUACGCGAUUUGGAGUUGAUCAAAACCGUUAUGAUCAAAGAUUUUAAUUACUUUUCAAAUCGCUAUACUUCCUCGGAUCCACAUUCGGAUUCAUUGGGUUCGGAUAAUUUAUUUUUCGCCAAAAAUCCCACAUGGAAGGAGAUACGUGUGAAGCUAACGCCGGUGUUCACGAGUGGCAAAAUGAAACAAAUGUUUCCGUUGAUCGAAGGGGUCGCCCGAGAAUAUGAUAAAUAUCUCUGCUCACUGAAAGUGGAUGCGAAAACUAACUCUACUGUGAUAGAAGUAAAAGAGCCGAAUGCACUCUACACAACCGAUGUAAUAGCAAUCACUGCCUAUGGCCUACAAGCGAACAGUCUAAACGAUCCGAAUGGUAUUUUCCGUAGAAACGGCAAAAAGAUUUUCACUUUCAACUGGCUACGAUCACUGGAGGCUAAAGCUUUCUUUUUCUUACCAAUCGUGGUAAAAUUUUUCGGUUUCAAAGUCUUUUCAACCGACACCACCAUCUUUCUGCGCGACACAAUCAAUCGAACGAUGGAAGAACGUAUGCACACAGGUACGACACGUAAUGAUCUCAUUGAUAUUUUAAUUAAAUUUCGACGUGAGGCCGAAGAAGAAGCGAAGGAAGGUAAGAAACCAUUUAUAUUGGAACGUGAUGCUUUAGCGGCGCAAGCGGCGAUUUUCUUCUCUGCGGGUUUUGAGACUUCUUCAACGACCAUGUCGUUCACUAUGUAUGAAAUGGCGCGUAAUCCGGACUUGCAGCAACGUUUGCGUGAGGAGGUGCGUGAAGCAUUCCUGAGUAAUGAUGGCAAGUUGACCUAUGAAAUGAUAAUGGGUCUGAAGUAUAUGGAUAAUGUGGUGAAAGAGGUUUUGCGUCACUAUCCACCACUACCAUUCCUCGACCGCGUUUGUACGCCAAAGGCUGGUGAAGAGGGUUAUUCAUUGAAGGCGUUCAAUAUGGACUUUAAUGUACCUGCUAAUAUGCCGAUCUAUAUACCACAGCAGGCUAUACAAAUGGAUCCGCAGCACUUCAAAGAUCCUGAAACUUUUAAUCCCGACCGUUUCCUACCGGAGAACAAGCAUGAGAAUAAUAUGAACGCCUACAUGCCUUUCGGUAUUGGUCCACACAACUGUAUUGGGGAACGCUUCGCUAUGUUACAAACGAAGUUGGGUCUACUCUAUUUCUAUCGGAAUCAUUAUGUGACGGUCUGUGAUAAGACGGCGGUGAAAAUUCAAUUGGAUCCUCGUGCCAUCAUCAUACAGCCUGUGGGUGGUAUUCAUUUGAAUGUUGUACGCGAUCCGUUAUUUUGAGAUUUUUUUUGUGAUUAGCGGACUCCUUUGGAGGUCAUACAAGAUAAUUUAUUUGUAAUUUAUAUUGUAAUUCACAUUAUAGUAUAAUUAUGGAAAAUUUUGUCUUUACUCAAAUAUAAGUAAGAGGGCUCUUAAAUUUGGGGAACAAAAUA